AUCGCACUCGCUGCAUAUCAGAGGCUCGGCGCGGCGCGCUCCUCCUCGCUCCCGCUCCCCACUCCCGGGAUGUGUCUCCGCCGUACGACGGGCUAUGGCCACCACGACUUCCGGGUUCCGUCAUUUCGUUCUCCCGCCGCCGACCCGCGCCGCCAAACUGAGGCUCUUCUAUAAGCCAGGCAGCAGCCAACCUGCCAACACCUACUGACACUCACUCAUCUCCCAGAGAGAGAAAGAGAGCGCGAGAGAGCGAGCGCGAGAGAGCGAGCGCGAGUGAGAGCGAGCGAGCGAGAAAGAGAGAGAGGGAGAGACAAAAUACCUACCAGGAAAGGGGGGGAGGAAGUCCAAUUUUUGCAAACUAUUCAAUUUUUUUCUUGAUUUUUCCCCUCUGCUUUCUUUGAACGAUACUUUAAAGAGAGAGGAUCAUAUCAUAGAUACCGCGGGGGCCAAGCUAAAAGAGGGGGGGGAGGGGGGAGGAAAAAAUUCAAGAAGCAGAAACCCCUCGCGGAGUUUUACUGGAAGAAAAAAAACGGGUCUGAAAGAUUCCUCCUCUUCAUCAUCAUCAACCAUCAUUCAUUCACUACCUUGACAUUCCGGGCUUUGAUUGACAGCUGGAGUGGCAAAAAGCCAUGAAACACGACAGUUCGGUUACAUGUGGGCUGCUGACGGGCCGCUCGUAACCUUCAGUUCGGGGGCUUGACAAUUUUUUUUUCUUCUUUUUCUUCUUUUUCUUUUCUUUCUUUUUUUUUUUUUUUUUUUCAACUGAGGGGAAGAGAAGAGAAAGAGGGGGAAAGGAGGACCGAAGAGGAGGAGGAGGGGAGGGGGGAGGAGGAGGAGGUGGAGGAGGAGGAGGAGGAAGAUCAGGAGGAGGAGGAAGAAGAGGAAAAAAGAGAAAAAGAAGAAAUAUCACAGAAAAAAAAAAAAACCUCUUCGUUGUCUUGCCUGGGCUUUUUUUUCCCCCCCUAAAAAUAACAUAUUGGAGAAUUGGGAGAAGUCUUUUUGGUUUGGAAAAAAAAAAAAAAAAAAAAGGAAUCUUCAGCCUAGAUCACUUUCUUAUCCGGACUGGGAUAUUAAAUAUACGACACAUCCAGGAGUUUAUUGGAGCGCAGACUGAUGGCGCAAAGGUACGAUGAGCUGCCCCAUUACGGCGGGAUGGACGGAGUAGGGGUGCCUGCUUCCAUGUACGGAGACCCUCACGCGCCGCGGCCGAUCCCUCCGGUUCACCACCUGAACCACGGGCCGCCGCUCCACGCCACGCAGCACUACGGCGCGCACGCCCCGCACCCCAAUGUCAUGCCGGCCAGCAUGGGAUCCGCUGUCAACGACGCCUUGAAGCGGGACAAGGACGCGAUCUAUGGGCACCCGUUGUUUCCUCUGUUAGCUCUGGUCUUUGAGAAGUGCGAGCUGGCGACCUGCACUCCCCGGGAACCCGGAGUGGCCGGCGGAGACGUCUGCUCCUCCGACUCCUUCAACGAGGACAUCGCGGUCUUCGCCAAGCAGGUUCGUGCGGAAAAGCCACUUUUUUCCUCAAACCCAGAGCUGGACAAUUUGAUGAUCCAAGCAAUACAAGUACUAAGGUUUCAUCUCUUGGAGUUAGAAAAGGUCCACGAACUGUGUGAUAACUUCUGCCAUCGGUACAUUAGCUGUUUGAAGGGGAAAAUGCCCAUCGACCUUGUCAUUGAUGAAAGGGACGGCAGCUCCAAGUCAGAUCACGAAGAACUUUCAGGCUCCUCUACAAAUCUCGCUGACCAUAAUCCUGCAUCUUGGCGAGAUCACGACGAUGCAACGUCCACCCACUCAGCAGGCACCCCGGGGCCCUCCAGUGGGGGCCACGCUUCCCAGAGUGGAGACAACAGCAGUGAGCAAGGGGAUGGUUUAGACAACAGUGUAGCCUCACCUGGCACAGGUGACGAUGAUGAUCCAGACAAGGACAAAAAACGUCAGAAGAAAAGAGGCAUUUUCCCCAAAGUAGCAACAAAUAUCAUGAGAGCAUGGCUGUUCCAGCAUCUCACACAUCCGUACCCUUCCGAAGAGCAGAAGAAACAGUUAGCGCAAGACACAGGACUUACAAUUCUCCAAGUAAACAACUGGUUUAUUAAUGCCAGAAGAAGAAUAGUACAGCCCAUGAUUGACCAGUCAAAUCGAGCAGGUUUUCUUCUUGAUCCUUCAGUGAGCCAAGGAGCAGCAUAUAGUCCAGAGGGUCAGCCCAUGGGGAGCUUUGUGUUGGAUGGUCAGCAACACAUGGGAAUCCGGCCUGCAGGUUUGCAGAGCAUGCCAGGGGACUACGUUUCUCAGGGUGGUCCUAUGGGAAUGAGUAUGGCACAGCCAAGUUACACUCCUCCCCAGAUGACCCCACACCCUGCUCAAUUAAGACAUGGACCCCCAAUGCAUUCAUAUUUGCCAAGCCAUCCCCACCACCCAGCCAUGAUGAUGCACGGAGGACCCCCUACCCACCCUGGAAUGACAAUGUCAGCACAGAGUCCCACAAUGUUAAAUUCUGUAGAUCCCAAUGUUGGCGGACAGGUUAUGGACAUUCAUGCCCAAUAGUAUAAGGGAACUCAAGGGAAAAGGAAACACACGCAAAAACUAUUUUAAGACUUUCUGAACUUUGACCAGAUGUUGACACUUAAUAUGAAAUUCCAGACAGCUGUGAUUAUUUUUUACUUUUGUCAUUUUUCAUCAAGCGACAGAGGACCAACGAGACAAGAACACAAAUGUGAAAUCAUGGGCUCACUGAGACAGUUCUGUCCAUGUAAAGAUCCUCUGGAAAAAGACUCCGAGAGUUAUAACUACUGUAGUAUAAACAUAGGAACUAAGUUAAACUUGUACAUUUCUGUUGAUCACUCCGUUAUGUUGCCUCAAAUAGUUUUAGAAGAGAAAAAAAAAAUAUAUCCUUGUUUUCCACACUAUGUGUGUUGUUCCCAAAAGAAUGACUGUUUUGGUUCAUCAGUGAAUUCACUAUCCAGGAGAGACUGUGGUAUAUUUUAAACCUGUUGGGCCAAUGAGAGAAGAACCACGCUGGAGACCUUGGUGAACGUCUGGCUGAACCUCAUCCCUUGGACUCCAGCUUCAAGAAUGUGUUUUCAUGCCCGGCCUUUGUUCCUCCAUAAACGUGUCCUUUAGUUUCCAACAGAUCUUUAUAGUUUGUGCUUCAUAAGCCAACUCUUCUUCUUAUUUUGGGGGACUCUUUUUCAAAGAGCUUGCCAAUGAAGAUUUAAAGACUGAGCGGGAGCUUCUUCCAGGAGUUCUGAGCCUUGGCUGUGGACAAAACAAUCUCACGUUGGGCAGCUUUUCCUCAACACAAGAAAGUUAUUAAUGGUCAGAGCACCACCACUAGGACUUUAUCAGAAACUCAAAGCUUGGGGGAUAAAAAGGAGCAAGAGAAUACUGUAACAAACUUCGUACAGAGUUCGGUCUAUUAAUUGUUUCAUGUUAGAUAUUCUAUGUGUUUACCUCAAUUGAAAAAAAAAAAAAGAAUGUUUUUGCUAGUAUCAGAUCUGCUGUGGAAUUGGUAUUGUAUGUCCAUGAAUUCUUUUCUCAGCACGUGUUCCUCACUAGAAGAAAAUGCUGUUACCUUUAAGCUUUGUCAAAUUUACAUUAAAAUACUUGUAUGAGGACUGUGACGUUAUGUUAAAAAAAAAAAAGGUGUUAAGUCACAAAAUGCGGUAAUAAAUAUUUCAUUUUUGA